AUGACUAUCACAUUGGACGAUGUCGCUACUAUCCUAGGGCUUCCCAUUAUAGGCAAAUCUAUUAGUGUGCGUAAGUUGUCAGAAAGGUGGGCCAUUGCAUUAGUAGUUAAUACCUUGGAAAUUGAUGAGCAAGACGUCAGACAUGAGAUAUGUAGUGCUGGAGGCAAUUCAGUGAGGCUUAAAUGGUUGAGGGCACACUUUCAUAAUGUCACAGACAAUGAUUCAAUAGAAAGAAUUGCAUGUACAGGUAGAGCAUACUUGCUAUUUUUGUUAUGUUGUACACUUUUCAGUGAUAAGACUUGUACUAGGGUCCUUGUUGUUUAUUUGAGUUUGUUGUCCGAUUUGAUGAUUGUAUCUUCAUAUGCUUGGCGUGCUGCUGCAUUGGCAUACUUAUAUAGGCAGUUGGGGUACGCUAGCAGGUCCGGCGUAAAACAAAUAGCCGGUUACAUGACACUCCUUGAGGGAUGGAUUUAUGAGCACUUUCGUGGAUUCCAACCACACUUGAAUAUGAAUUACACUCGAGACAUGCCACAUGUUUACCGUUGGACUCCUCGGAGAGAGUCUAGUGAAGAGACACAGUUGCAGGCUUUUCGAGAGGAGCUUGAUAGGUUGGGUAUACAUGAUGUUAUUUGGGACUCGUACCAGAGUUGUAGAGAUGUCCAUCCAUGUCAUCCAGUUACGUUCUACCACGGUUGUCUCAAGUGUUUGGAAGUAGUUGAACCAUAUCACCCUGAUAGAGUGUUGAGACAGUUUGGCAGAGUACAGACAAUCCCUAAUCCACCACUUGGCCCUAUACGGGCUUCUCAAUGA